AAACUUUGCCAUUCAGAUCACAAUCAUCGUCACCGUCAGUCACAGUUAGAUAGUAUUCGGAUGGAAAAUAUUAAUACGUAGAAUAACUUGGUGAAGUUUUGAAUAUUUUGGUAUUACCUACAGGCAGAAGAUACUUCUGAUGACUAAUUUUGUCUUCAAUGUCAAAUAUCGUGCAUAGUUCAUUCGGUACGAGUAAAUAAUUCUCGGUCAUUCCGUCACACAUCACUUUUUAGUGCACAUUCGCCAGUGAAAAAUCGAUUUAUGCCCAUAGAAAAAAUCAACACUACGAAGCUAUGCGUGAUUUUGCUCUGAUUGCUCUUUAAUAUUCCGCCAGUAAUUGAAAAUUUGCAAGUGUUUCUACAGUUUAAUGUAUCAUUUCUAGAUAAACAGUGAUUUAUACUUAUAGCAAAAUUGACUACGUUACCUAUGUGGGUCAUGGGUCGGGCGUUGACUUAUGAUUGAGCUACAAAUCCACUUUAAAAUUUUAAAGAUGCAAUGUAUCGACAUCUAAAAAAUUCGUGCAAUUCAAUUAGUGCUAUACAUCUUCGUACAAGAUCGAGGACAUGGAGAUAAAUCGAAUGGAAAAGGAGAGAAUUUCGGUUCAUUUUUUCGACAUUUAUGUUCGAUUAAUUUAAAGGGCUUCUAAGUAGAGCUGCUUGUGUAGAUUAUAGUGUAGACUCAUAAAUCGUCAUCUAAGCAGAUACAAAAAAAACUAUCACAAUGUUUAGCUGUCUUUGGCAAUUGUGGGAUUGGAUCGAUCCACCCACUUUCACCACGAUGGAAAGUAAAAAAUUACAACAGCUACAACAAGCCAACUCUCAUUUGGCACCGAUUCCUCAAACCAAACCACCUGGUUAUCAGAAUCAGAACAAUGAGUACCAAGCAACUCGAUCACCAGUAUUUCAAAAUCACCCGCAGUAUCAAAGCUUUGCAUCGAAUUUUGCACAUAUUAAUUACCCUCACCAAGUGAGAUCACAACAGCCCCAUCCCCAUCAACAACAACAACAACAUCCCAGUGCACAUAGCAGUCCCAAAUCGAAUAACAAUAGUUUGUACCUAAGUGAAUACUCAAGUUCGAGCCAUGCCGGGCAAUCGCAACAUCAACAAACCAUUGGCAAUCAUUAUCAAUUCGAUCAAAUGUAUCAAACAUCUUCCCCUUCGAGUGGAAGCGGCGAAAGAGAACGAUUAUACCAGACUGCUGCUAGGUCUACACAACAUUUACAUUCGAACCAGCCGCUAACCAAAUUGGAGCUGCAAUUUCAACAAUUGCAAAGAGAUAAGAUCCAGGCACAAAUCAAAACCGCAACGGAAGCUCUAGCACAUCAACAACAGACAUUUGCUCUUCGGCAGCAACUGAAUCCUCCCGUGCAGAAUUAUCAUUUAAAACAAAAUUUGUUGCAGAAUCUUUCUCAGCAACAUCAGCAACAGAUUCAUCAGCAGCAAAUACACCAACAGCAAAGUCAAAAUCGUAAUGCACCUCCUUCAAGUUUGAAUCACAAGUCAUUUCAACCAGCUCAAGGGCCGAUGAAGCUAGCAAGUCAAAAUACCCAAGAUUACGGGGCAAUGUCUGCUACGAAUCAACAUGCCAACAAUGAAACAUUUUAUCAAGGAGCUCAACACAAAUAUAAUCAUACCAAAACAGCAACCAUUAUGCAAUCGCCAAAUCCGAAUCAAAUUAUCAUUCAACAAAACAUCCCCGGUCAAGUGGUCAAUCAGGCCUGCCAGACGCAGAUAAGUGGUGUCAAAAAUCCUCCCUUGACUCAGAAAUCUCCGAACUCCCAAUCAGAUUCGUUGUCUUCUCCUUCCCAUGAUGGAUUGGAAAGACGCAAAAGUGGUCCGGUACAUACUUUGAAAUCGCCUGUCACAAAACGACCUACAAAUGCACCCAUUAGCAUGUCCGGUUGGUUGUAUAAACAAGGCUCUGAUGGGCUGAAGGUUUGGCGGCGUAGAUGGUUCGUUUUGGCAGAAUAUAUUUUGUAUUAUUACAAAAGUCAAGAAGAGGAGAAAUUGCUGGGAACUGUACUCUUGCCAUCUUAUACAAUAUCAGCUUGUCUGCCAGAGGACAAAGUGUACAGAAAGUUUGCUUUCAAAUGUGAACACACGAAUAUGAGGACGUUUGUAUUCGCAGCAGAAACCUCAGAAUCGAUGACUAACUGGGUGAGAUCAUUGACCAUGGCAACAAUGAUGAAGAGUAACAGCGAUUCGGAAACUAGUCCACCAUCUAACACUGGCCGGAGUGGCGAAAACAGUGAUUCAGGGAUACAAACGUACCAAUCACAAAUUUGUAAAACAAGUGGCGUAAUGCCAGCUCCAGUCACUCCUGUUUCAGACAACGGAAAUGGUUCAACACUGUACGCGAAUGCACCCCCUAAGCCGAGAAGAGUCAAUGAUGGUGGAUAUUCUUCACCAAGCCCUGAACAUUUACCACCAGAACGAUACGAUCAAGAACAUCAGCAACUUCGGGGAGCAGGAGAUUCAGUUUACGGAGGUCGGGAUUUUACUAGACACGGCAAAUCGACGGAAUCAAAUAAUUUGCUUCAGCAGUCGCAUAAUAGCGAUCGCGAACAGAUCAAAUUCGACCAUAGCACGUAUUCGGCGGCCCCAACGUAUGCAUACAACGAUGCCGUUUACGGAAACGCUAAACGAAUUGAACGAGAUAUGUACAUACAGAAAUUAAUUCAACAACAGCAGCAGCAGCAACAACAGUUAGCCCUUUUGCAGCAACAACAACAACAUCAAGAACAACAACAGCAACAACAGCAGCAUCCACAAACUGCAAUGCAACAAACGCCUCAGCAACAGCGUUUAUCAAACAAUCCUUUUAUGUACCCCAAUAUGGACCGUCGCACUCCUGAUACUUAUGGACCACCAAGGGCCUCACUGGACAAGCACAUGUCAGACUAUGAAGACAUCUACAAUCUAACAAUGCUCUCGAAAUCUCUUCCUCUCAAUGCUGAAGAUGCAAGUUAUAGGAGACCCAUGAGCCCGACCAGAUACGAAGCUAAUAAUCAAAAUCCAGCAAUGCCUCUUCGCUACACGCCCAAUUAUUUGGAGAAAACACCAGCAGCACAACAUGUCCAAAUGCGAGCACGACCUGUCCAGUCAACAAUUCCACGACCCCAUUCGGCUGACUUCUUGGACUACGAAGCAAGGAAUCCAGUAAAAACAAAACUUCGAGAAGCGCCUGCACAAGCACCGAGACCUAAAUCGAGCCUGGAUAUUGUACGAACUCCAGACCAUUACUACUACUCAGAAGCGAGCUAUGCAGAAAAAAUGCGUAUGCAAAGUGCUUCCUAUCUGCAACGAGUCAACCCAGCGGCACUUACUGGAAAGCCGAAAAUCGAAGAAACUAGUGGGUUCAACAACUCCAGUACUGUGCCUCGAGAUGGGUUCUAUCCAUACAGAGCUGGCGAUUACGCAGAAGAUAUUAAACAGGGCUCUGCCAGUGUACCACGAACGCAACGAUUAACGAUGAACAACUUGAAAAAGUAUCCUUCGCAGCAGGAGCAAUUUUUAAGAUCUGCUAGUGCUCGCUUGCCGCGAAAGGAGGAUGAUUCUCCAAAUGUAAUCGAUGGAGAGCGCAAACGCGAGGAAUCCAUGAAACGGCUAUUGGAAUGGAAACAGCGGAUGCUGCAGUCUCCAUUAACACGUAAAAUAUCACAGAAACAGCAAAAAUUAGAAUUUGGUUCACCUAGUUCGUCUGCCUAUUCAUUGCUGACGAAAUCACCUCACGUUGCAGUGGAAGCUGAUCUCUACCAAGCUCAAAUCAAACCACCUCAUCAACAACAAACUGAAAGCAAGUCCAAUCUAGAAUACAAUAGCUAUUCUUCAGAUGAUGAAGUGCGCAACGUUAAAAAUAUACCUAAAGUGGCACUCACGGUCAAACCUGAUCCAUCUGACUAUCGUUUGGAUUCCAGUAUAAGAAUGUAUUACGAUCCAGCUCAAACGGAAUACUUUUAUCAAGAGCAAGAAUGCUACGUACGACCAGAUAUUAGCUUCGAGUCCACUCAUGACUUAUACACACAAGCACAGUUACAGCGGGCUCAGGAAAUUAAUCUUCAACAGCAUUACCAGCUUCAGGACAUUGAUCGUAGCUUAGCCAACAUGAGCCAACAGGAGUCUCCUAGUGAGCAAUGGCCUGAACUAUCUCAACAAAUAUUCAUCAACAAUAAUGGUAUUCACAGAAGUCCGACAAUACUAGAAAGACCAGAACUAAGAUCUUUUAAAAUGUCUGCUGGCGAGUUACUGAAUCGUACUCACGAAGAAUUAGUUUUGCUGUUGAUCCAAUUGCGAAGACAGAACAGCAAUACAGCACGUUCAAUCGAGCAGUGUUGCACAAACAUUCAUGAAAUUCAGAAUUCUAUACGUAUAUCUGAUGGACCAACUAGAGCCGAAAACCUAGCUCGUCUAGAGGGUCUCAAAAAACAGCUGACAGAACUAGAAAAACAAUAUGAAAAGGAAAAACCACUGAUCAAUUUAGUUGACAACAUGGUCAAAUUGGGAUCGCUCUAUAAAGGAGGCCCUAACCAGAACAAAAAUAUCGGUUCUUCAGAAUCAACGACCCUCGACAGACUUGAGUUCAACCAAAGAGUCCAGGAACGUCGUCUGUUGCAAGAAGAACAACGGCAAUGGGAUAGGCUCAGUCCAAAUUAUCUUGAAUUACAGACAAAAGUUCAGCAGCUCUAUCAAAUCGACCAAUUACUUCAGGAAGAAUCUGGUACCCUACAAAACUUACAACGUGAUAAGGAAGACUUAGAACGGGCACUGGGAGGCUUGAAAGCAAAAAUAAUGAGCGGCGAAGCCCCACCUUUGGCAAUUGAAGCUGCCCGACAGCAACAGCACACACUGGAGAGAGAACUGUCCCGCGUUCAUCUCCUACUGGCAGAAAACUCGAAGAAACUAGAAAAAACGGUUAAUGACAACGCACGGUUAGAGCAAGAAUUGUUGGUACUUCGGCAGAAGUUGCAAGCUUCUCGAGAUACGCGCGGAGUGCCAGGGACACUGGCUACCGGACAAGAUGGACAAUAUGUUGGUAAAGCGACAGCUGUGCUCGAAUCGGAAUUGAGACGUGUUCAGCAAUUAGUGGGUAAUAUGCAAAGGCAUAGACAGGAAUUGAGCCAAGCUGUAAGGCAGCUGACGGACAAUUCUGAUAGCCUUUACAAACAAAUCAACGGAGAAAAUCGGUCUCAUAUUAAGAAAAGAUCUAGUAGUACGUCAUGGGUUGAAACUGAUCUGGAUUCAUUGGUCAGUAGAGAAAAUUCGAAGAAUGAAAGUACAUUAUCGUUGAACGUGAUUGAUAAACACAAUCCGUUCCUCACUACACCCAGCCAUUAUGAUCAGCGAUCUGAAGGAUUCGAAUCAUGUAGCAUUGAUAGCGAUGAUCUGCUGGAAGAUGCAGCCGGAAACUUGCUUAGUUAUCAAGAUAAACACGAAAUUAAAACUGUCCGAAUCGUUAAACGUGAAUCAGAGCGACGCAACAGGGAUCGAGAGAAAGAUCGAAGCAACACAUCAAUGCACAGUCUUGAUCAGGUAUUGGAAGAAGAAGCACAAAUCUUCGAGAAUUAUUCAAAUUAUCAUCGAUCAAAAUCGUUGCCGAGAGGAUAUGAAACACACGAAGCGUUUACUCAGAAUCAGGACAUACCAGUUCAUACAAAUAAUUUGAAAGAUUACUACAGUAUGACUGCAAAUAGUAACAAUAGCUAUCCAGUUUCGAUGAUUGACAGAAAAGCAGACCUCUACAGUGGUUGUGACAGAAUGAUGAAGAAUUCAGCAUCGAAGUCUAGUAACUUCUCUCUCGCUUCUUCUUUGGAAUUAAACUCAACGAUGUCAGGUCUAAGUAACAAAGCGGAAUCGGUGCAAAGUUUAGCGAUUGCUGAACAAAGCCCAAUAUUCCAAAGCGAGGCAGCUAAACAAAUAAUACAUGAAAUGGGAACUGAACCAUCACGACAAAAUUCAAAAGCUGUAGGAAAUAGUAGCAAUGGUGCCAUAUCCACGGCAGUAUCAGAUCGGCAGAAACAAAAGGCUGAACAUUUAGCCCAACAGAACAAACACAGACGAUCUGUGCCGAAGGAGAAACGUCGUCAUCACACGGCGCCACACCAUGUCAAUGCCAAGCAGAUAGAGCUUAUGCACAGUGAAAAUGAUAUGAACAAAAAUAACGUCAAUUGGCGAGCCAGAGACGAUGUCGAUUUAGAAGUAACUUUGCGUCCUCGAUCAAAUGCACCUGACGUGGUGCGAUCAGCAAUGGGACCCAGGGAGAAAAUUUCCGAACACACUAUAGAUAAGCUUUUAGCAGCGCCCAGUAAAAUUUUAAUUCCUGAAAGGUAUGUUCCAGAACAGGUGCCGGAACUUUCUCCGGAGGAGAAGCAACGCCGUCAAGAAAAGGUGGAAGCCAUCAAAAAGAUGUUAUCAGAAGCACCCAUAGCAGGAAAUGAUACAUCUCCAAACCAGCCGGCUAAUGCUGAGAAAAGGCAAAGAGAACAUUUGCUACAGCUCAAUCAAAUUCUAGCACAGCAAGUUAUGCAAAUGAGUAAAAUUGUUGCCGACGACAAGCCUAGGAAUCACAAGAAAGAAAAUUCAAUGGCCGUGCUUCCAUCAAGCAUUAAUAAGCUAAAAAAAUCCAGAGGUCUGUUUAGGAGCAACAGUCGCAACAAGAGCAGUAAACCAGCUGGUGACGAUGAUGAAAACUACCAAAGUGAGGUGGAAUACAAUGAAGAUGACGAUGAUGAGUACGACACGGAAUCCCCGCCGGAACCGCUACCAUUAUACCAACAACGAGAAAAUUUCUUCACCUAAAAUACCGAUUUCAGCACCGAUCGACUUCCAUAUGUACAAAUCUCAACCGUAAGAUACGAUGCAUUUUAUCAUUGUUAGCACUAUCUGUUAAAAAUGGAGGAAUAGUGCUUAAAUAUAUUGAACUAUUUCUAUCCGUCCAUCAUCGGUUGAAAAUAUUGUUUAUUAUCAUCACAGUACAUAAUCUAUUUCACAAAAGAAAAGCUCAGCUUCGCACCUUAUAAACAUAGGCCAUAACGAUGUUACUCAUAUAUACCGUACUCACGCAUAUCAACAACAAAAAUAUGAGAAACGAUAGACUAAUUUCAGUACAUUUGAAGCGCGCUUUAAAGGAAAUUCAUUUGUAUUUAGCAAUCCCUUUUAAGUUCAAGCAAGCCCAGUGCGGAACGAAUUGAAUAUUUAAUCAUAGGUAAAAGAAAAACUAUUUAAGCAUUUCCAUACAAAAGUACAAUAAACAAAAUUUAUGAAAGAACUUGAAUAAUGUUUCGUCAAUUAGAUCGGCAGUAUGGAAUAUCAGAAUAACAAGUACAUAUGUCAUAACAAUAAAAAUAAACGAAGCAAAAAACACUUAGCAGCUUAAAUGUCAAUAUUGGAGAAAUCAUGUGCUUCGUGCAGAUCGUAAAGUCGUAUAUCAUAAUAAAUAGUUGUCAAUUCGAGAUAAAGUAAAUGCUAUACUAAACUUGCUCAAUUGAUUCCCUACAAUUACACAGAAUAUCACAAAUAAAACUUAUACCUAUUGUACGAAGCUUAACGACACUUAUUGAUAUUCAACUAAAUGGCAGUAUUGAGUUUACACGAUGAAACAUAAUUUAAUACUCCGCCACCUUCAUAUCACACAUAUACAUCAAAAUACCUACUUACAAAAUGUAAAGCAAAACUAAGAAAAAACUUCGAAACAGGGCUCAUUGCUGAAUUCGGUCGCUACAUUAGAAACCGUUCAGUUUUGAAAGCGAAAUUAUUGAACGAAACUCAACAAUUACGUGCUCUAUUGCAAUACAGGGUUAAUUUAGCAAAAUAAAAUUGAAUAGCCGAAUACCUGUAGAAAUCCACAUUAAAUAAUCAUCACACCUGCACAGUCAUGUUCAAAUGGCGAGAGAAAUUGGCUUAUGAGCAAAGCAUCCCAACAGUUUUCUAUCGAUACAAAACCCCGUCGCUUUAGUUUGGCUUCGGUCUGAAAUCAGCUUUCAGAUAUCACCUAAAUAUUCAUCGUAACGUAGAACAGUUGAAUUUUAUUUGUAUUAUUAUAAAACCUACAUUAUGUACACUGUACACGCCUUUUGUGUAGAAGGUAUUGAAAGCAUAAAUAGAUUGCAAGCUGCCAUAUAUUUUACUGAAAAGAUGAUUGACAUCGGAAUUUCUCACAUUCAGGUGCUCAGAGUUGAUUUGGUCGAAUAAUUUGUUUUAAAUUUUUUUUACAAACUGGAAUCCAGCGUGAUUUCAGUACUUUUGUUACAAUCAAUAUUCUUAACCAUUCCCAAACCCGUUUAAAUUAAAGCAAAAAUAUCGUUGAAUAUUAUUAGUCGGAACAAAUAUUAGACAUUUAAGGCGUAUGGAUACCAUAUUGUUAUGAAGUUUCAGCAAAACAAUGCAAUUGUAAGAAAAAAUCAGAUGAUAAAUGCAAAAGAAACAACCCUUUACCCUGUUUUUAGUUCAACUAGAAAUUCUCUACCAAAUAUGUUAAUCAAACAGCAGUUUAACAGUUUCUAAGCUAUGGAAUAAAAUGUUGGAAAG